CACCUGGGUGGCCACGUGGGCCCAGGUAUGCGGCGGCCCCGCCCUGGCCCAGCCCGGCGGGCUCCGGGCUCCAUCUGGGAGCGGAAAUUCCUGCAGGGGCUGGACACUGCGGGCAGAGCUCAGCAUGGAGCCGGUGGAGGCCUGGACCCCCGCGAAGGUGGCAGCUUGGCUGAGAGGCCUUGAUGAUGCUCUGCAGGACUACCCCUUCGAAGACUGGAAGCUGCCUGGAAAGUACCUGCUGCAGCUCUGUCCCCAAAGCCUCCAGGCUCUGACCAUGCGGCCUUUGGGCCACCAGGAGCUCAUUCUAGAUGGAGUAGAACAGCUCCGGGCCCUGGGCUCCAAGCUACAGACAGAGAAUCUGCAGAGCCUGGCUCAGAGGCUGCUGGAAAGGACCCAGGCCUUCCAGAGCUUGGCCCAUGACCGUCUGGGAGGCUGUGCUGAGACCCCUACUGAUGUCCUCGCUGCUGCUGUAGAGCUGGUGAGGGAGGCCCAUGCCCUUCUCUCCUGGCUCAACAGGUACCUCUUCUCACACUUAAAUGACUUCUCUGCUUGCCAAGAGAUUGGCGUGUUGUGCGGGGAGCUGGGCCAGGUCUUGCAGGAGGACUGCCCAGAGGCUGAGAAGAAAAGCAACAUUCUGAGGAUUUGCAGCCACGUGGCCGGGAUCUGUCACAACAUCCUGAGCUGCAGUCCAGAGGAGCUGCUGCAGCAGACAGCUGUGCUGGAGCAGGUGCAGCUGGACGACCCUUCAAGUCUAGAAAUUCAUACCACCAACAACUGCCUGCACUUCGUGUCCCAGGCUCCCCCCAGCUCCCAGCUCCUGCCAGGAGAUGAAAUCGUCCAGAUCAAUGAGCAGGUGGUGGUGGGCUGGCCCUACAAGAACGUGGUGAGGGAGCUUCUGAGAGAGCCAGCAAGGGUCAGCCUAGUGCUGAAGAAGAUUCCAGUGCCUGAGAGCCCCUCACAGACACCCCUGGACUCCCCUCACCUGCUAAGCCAAUCUCCGUCUCUGACCCCACAGUCUCCCAGGGUUCCAUCCGAAGAUCUCUUUGCCUUCAGCUUGUCUGCAGGUGGAAGUCCUGGACCCAGCCCUGCCUGUACAGACUCUACCUCCCUUGACACUAAGCCCCUGCCCACUGCUCCUGAAGCCCCAGGCACACUUCCAGAAAACAUAGCAGAGCCUCCGAAGACUUCAGGACACCCUGACAAGAGUCCCAUCCUUGAUCGGAAGAAAUCAAAAGGUGUGGCUGCGAGGUUGAGCCGCCGGCGGGUGUCCUGCCGGGAGCUGGGCCUGCCAGACUGUGAUGGUUGGCUUCUGCUACGUAAGGUACUUGGUGGCUUUAUGGGCCCACGCUGGCGCCGCUGCUGGUUUGUGCUCAAGGGACACACCCUCUACUGGUACCGUCAACCCCAGGAUGAAAAGGCCGAAGGGCUUAUCAACCUCUCGAACUACAGUCUGGAGAGUGGACAUGACCAGAAGAAAAAAAUAGUUAAUGUGUUCCAGCUGACCCAUGACGUGUAUAAGCCCUUCGUCUUUGCUGCUGAGACCCUGUCUGAUCUGAGCAUGUGGGUACGUCAUCUCAUUACCUGCAUUUCCAAGUACCAGACUCCAGGCCGGGCGCCCUCUGCCAGAAAGGAAGAUUGCUACAGUGAGACAGAAGCGGAAGACCCCGAUGAGGAGGCCGGGUCCCGCUCAGCUUCACCUGGCCCAGCGCCAACUUGGAGUGACACAUCACCCAUGGCUUCACCCUUGCAGAGUCCGAGGACGUCCAUUGGCUCUUCAGCAGAUAGCAGUGACAGGGUGCUGGAAGGGAUGGUGCAGGGGCUGAGGCGGGGUGGUGUGUCCCUGCUGGGGCAGCCACAGCCCCUGACCCAUGAGCAGUGGCGGAGCUCUUUCAUGCGUCGCAACCGCGACCCUCAUCUCAAUGAGCGAGUACACCGUGUGCGGACACUACAGAGCACGCUCAAGGCAAAGCUGCAGGAACUGCAGGCCCUGGAAGAAGUGUUGGGUGACCCUGAGCUCACCGGAGCAAAGUUCCGCCGGUGGAAGGAACAGAACCAGGAGCUGUACUCAGAGGGCCUGAGCACCUGGGGAGGGAUACGGGCCCCCAACAACUCCCCAGUCCCAACCUCUGACUCCAGGAGUCAGUCUCCACAGCCCCUGCCUUCUGACCCUGAGGAGCCCUCCCAGGUUUUUCCAUUGACCCCAGAGAGCAGCCGCCAACCUCCUGACCUCUGACCCUGGCUAGUGUCUGGUUCCUGACCUCUGACCCUGAGGACUGCUUCCUCCCCAGACUCUGACAUGUCUAAGACAGCAUGCGCAAGGGGUCUGUGUGAGGGGUUAGAAGUGCGUGUCCUUGGCUUUACUCCAAACUGAUCCCAUUCCACAGUCUGCUCCUGUCCACUGGAGUGGAAGGAAAGUGGCCCUCCUCUGUGAUAUAGAUCUCCCCUAACCUAUCCUCAGAUCUGGGGCAUACCUGUCUCCCUGGGUCCUUCAAAACGCUUUCCCAGACCAGGUCUAGAUGGAUGUUUAUUUUACAUGAGAGAUGCUUUUCCACCAAAUAAAGUUGAUUUCUCCAAAGUGAA